AUGGAUCAAGACCUCAUCCCCGCGGGCACUACCGUACACGUCCCACACACGCUCGUCGGCACCCGCCGCUUGUCAAUGCUCAAUGACGACGACGCAGGGUGGACGUCGACCUCCACGCCGACGUGGAUCAAUCUCCGUUUCCCAGCCCCAAUCACGGCCAGCAGGAUAGCCAUCACGUUCCACGGUGGCUUCGUCGCCACCUCAAUCAUCCUUUCUGCUAGCAAGAAGCUCGCCAAGGUGUUUCCAGAGGACGUGAACCGGCGGCAAGUGUUCCAAUUCCCAAAGACGGAGAUGGAGACGUUGAAGCUCGAGAUGCCGGGGAGUACGGAUAACCAGGGGCGGAUUACGGUUUAUCGAGUCGAGGUGCUCGAAUAG